UCAUUUUUGACAGACAUUCGACUGUGGCUAUCAUGGAAGAAGACAGCACAUACGUUAAUGCUGGACCUAUGUGGAUCACAGAUCGCCCUCGGAGGAGGUUAAAGGUCACAGUGGAGAGGGUGGCUCUCGUGGUGCUCGGUGUGCUGCUUUUGGCUGUUGUUGCUGCUCUCAUUGGAGUCAGUGUUAAACGCUCACAUAAGACCAGAGCAACAGGGAAAACCACUCCUGUACCAGUAACUGUGAACCUGUUCUGUACAGUAAAAACAUGUCCAAACCAAACAUACCCCUGUGACGACGGCUGGAACUUCAAUGGAACCAAGUGUUAUUACAUCUCCACAAACAGGACUAAAGUGUCCUGGCCUGGAGCCAGAGACAUUUGUCAGAACAUGGGUGGACUCCUGGUGACGAUCGAGAGCAGAGAGGAGCAGGUGUUCCUGUACCACAGACUGGCAUUGGUUCAUAAGGACUGGUUUUGGAUUGGACUGACUGAUUCUCAAACUGAGGGAAUCUGGAUGUGGGCUGAUGGCUCUCCACUGAACCAAAAAUUAAAGUUUUGGGCUCCCGGGCAACCAGACAAUUGGAUAGGAGAUUUUAAUGAGUAUCCUGAAGCUGAAGACUGUGUGAUGAUGGGCGACCCAAAGGAAUGUGAAGGAGUGGACAUCUGCUGGACUGAUGCUUACUGUGGUUCAAAGGAAAGGUUUGAAGUCUGCCUCACAGAGCAGGUCAAAGGUCACAGCGGAGAGGGUGGCUCUAGUGGUGCUCAGUGUGCUGCUUUUGGCUGCUGUUGGUGCUCUCAUUGGAGUCUGUGUUACAUACUGCACAGUUCAGUCAUGCUGCGCUGGAAUGAAAGUCGUGAGAUGUGUCAGCAGCAAAAUGGAGCAUCCCUGGUGAAGAUAGAGACCAGAGAGGAGCAGGUCUUUCUGACUGCUAAACUCCAAACGCUGAUGCAUUAUGAUUACGAGAAGUUUUGGAUUGGGUUGACAGACUCACAAUCUGAAGGGCAGUGGAGGUGGACGGAUGGAUCUGCUCUGAACCCAAGUCUAGCGUUUUGGGCCAAUGAUGCGAGGAACAAGGAGCCGGACAACUGGACAGGGCAGAACCCGAACGGAGAGGACUGUGUGAGGAUGGGACGGCUUGUGAAUCUGACGGAGCUGACCUGGUACGACCACUCCUGCAAUUUGACCCAACGCAUCAUGUGUGAAAAAGGAGCAAGCAUUUGUUAAACACGGCAAAACACUUAAAGAAGACUGGUUUUCAUUUAUGGUUUGUGGCGGUUUGUGGUGGUUGUUAAUAAUAAAAUUGUGAAACAUAAUAGAUGCAUCAAGAAUUUUGGACUUCCGGUCAUCGCGCAAUGCAUACUGGGAAGGAUUUUCCGAAAAAGUGAGCAUCAAACCGCCAUGUUUGUUUUCCCAGUGGGUGCGUCUAUUGACAAAGUCGAUCUUUUCAAGUCUUUUGAACCAUAUCGCUUUUGUUUCUGGUUCUGAUAUUGUCAUAUUUUAGUUUUGAGAUUCGGACAUUGUAAUUGUGUGAUUGUUGGAUGUCCUAACAGCGGAAAACUCCAUAGUCUCAAACUCCAUAAAUGCAAAAGGGAAUCAGAUGUGUGUGACGGCAAACCUCUGUUCAAACUGCGACUGAUAUGUUUUUUUUCUUCUUCAUUAUAUUGUGUAGAUAUGUACAUGUAGAUACAGUUACACAAUUAUGUCUUAUUUGACACCAGUUCUUGCUAUUUUUUUUUUGCUUUUUUCUUAUUUUGAAUUUCUUAUUACCAAUUAUAUUUUUUCUCUUUGUUAUUAUAUUAUAUUGUGAUGUGUGAGCUACUGUGUCC